GAAAUAUCAGAGGUCUCUACAGAUGUAGCAGAGAAGACAGCUGAUGCUCCCACCGACAUAGCUGAAACUACAACUGAUGUUCAUUUUGAAGUGAGUGAGAAAAUAUCAGAAGUCUCUACAGAUGUAGCAGAGAAGACAGCUGAUGCUCCCACCGACAUAGCUGAAACUACAACUGAUGUUCAUUUUGAAGUAAGUGAGGAAAUAUCAGAGGUCUCUACCGAUGUAGCAGAGAAGGUACAUGAUACUCCCAGUGAUAUGCAUGAAACAGUAUCAGAGGUCAUCACAACUGAUUCAUCUGAGAAGAUUACUGAUGUUUCCACUGAGAUAACUGAGGUGUUUGAGGUUACCACUGAGGUAACUGAAAGAAAAUCUGAGAUUUCCACUGACAUAACUGAGGAGACUACUAGUGUUUCUGCUGAGGUAACUGAGUUAGAAUCUGAUAUAGUUGCAGAUAUAGCUAACAAGGAACCAGAAAUUAUUACUGUUAUGUCAGAGACCAUUACAAAUGUAAUUGAGAAAAGAUCCAAUGUUGACACUGAAGAAACAGGAAAAGAUGUCGAUUUUUCCUUUACAGUAUCUGAGGAGAAUGUACAAGUUGAAGAAAAAGGAGAUGUUGGUGUAACUGAAGAAAGGACAGAGGUUGUUGUAGAUAAACAAGACCAGGAACAAUGUUUUAGCUUUGCAGUAUCAGAUGAAAACGUAAAUAUUGUUUCUGAUGUAACAGAAGGACAGGAUGAUAAAGUUCAAAUGACAACAGAAGACCAAGAAAUCACUGUGGAAUUUGAAAGUGAUAAGUUUAGCCAGUUACAGAGUGAAGCAAGAGUAGAAGGUGUCAGUGAAAAAACUGAAACAGUCACAGAAUCUUAUAGUGUAGAAACUGAGAGGAAAACAGAAAAAGUGGACAUAAUCAGUGGUGAAGGUACUCAUAUUGAAGUACCUGAUACAAAAGAUAUCAAAGUAGUCGAUGUUCACACCGAAGUACAUGAGCAACAUGGUGGACUUCUCACUGGAGAUGAAGCUAAAGAAGGAGGUGUUCAUGGAGAAGUAUCUUAUCAAAAAACAGAAGUGUAUACUGAGAAAGGAUCUGAUGGUUCUACUAAAACUACUGAAGUAACAUCUACAAGAACUGAGAAAGGAUCUGAAGGGUCUAGUCAAACAACUGAAGUAAUAACCACAACAACUACGAAAACUGUUAAAGGAAUAUAUGAAAGUUCAGAACUGGAAGGUACUGAAGGUGAGGUCGUCUCCAGUGAAGUACAAGUGAAACAAUUUGAUGAUUCAGUUGAAAAAGAAAUACCAAAUGGUGCAGAGUCGGUUCUGGUAGAAGUAAAGACUGGAUUGUCAGUAAGCCCUGAAAGACAACAAACAUUUAGCUUUGAUUUUGUACAAGAUGUUCAGAGGGAAAUGGAGAAUGUUGCAGGAGCUUCUUCUUCCACAGUGGAACAAAGUUUUACCACAGAAACAUUCACAGAAAAUGAGACUGAAUGUGAAAUUACUUUGUCACAUGAUAAAGAAGUAAUAAUUGAAGAAUAUGAAACCUUUUCAAUUCCUCCUGGUCAAAAUAUUUUUGGGGAAAAUAAGAGUCAAAUUGAACAACUUUGUGAGUUAAGUGAGGAGAAAAGAAAAGAAAUAAUUGAUAGUUCCGAACGGGAAUUCAGUUUACUAGAGCAGACACCUGAUACUAAGUUAAAGUAUACAACUAAGAGUGAACAGGAAAAUACUGAAUAUGGCCAGUGGGACAUUUCAGAGAAAUUAGUAAAGGAUGGAGUAAUCAACACUGACGAAGCACUCAAUGAGAAAUAUCAGCAGUUAAAUCAGAAAAUAGAAGGCAAACAGAAAGAUCAUGAAAUAAUUAGUGCUCGUGAUGAUUCUCUGACAUUUGAUAAUAAGACAGGUGUAGUAUCUGGUUCCCUUGCUGCUGCUGCUGUUCAUGAAGAGAAACUUGAUACAUCAACAAAAACAGAACUACACCAGUCUGAGGCUACAGGAGAAUACAGUAACUAUAUACCUUCAGAUAAAGAGCGUGAAAAACCUCUUAUCACUGACUUGCAAUCAGAUAUUGGAAGAAAAAGUGUUACUGAAAGUCAAGAAGUUGAAGAAAUAAGUAAACAGAGAAUGUCAGAGAUAAGUGAUAUUCAUAAAGAAGAAGAAAUUUCAGGAUCUUUACAAUUCUCAAAAGAAUCUUCUGACACAAUUGAAGACUUAAAACAGAAAAGAAAAGAUGUGGAAGAUUUUGCUGAAUCAUUUGUUCAUAAAAUCAUUGAAGAAGAAAUGAAAGAAAAAUCUUCUAGUACUGAAUCAUCCACAUCUAAACUGACUAAAGAUUUAAAAACAGAAACUGGACCUUCUGAUGGUUUGGCUGAAGACAAUGCAUUUGAACAAACUGCAACUGUUGUCAAUGUAGAACCUGAUGAAGAAUUAGGAAAAGUCACCAAAGAUGUGGAUAAGAAACUGAAACAAGAAUAUACUGUCGAAAUGCCAGUAUCACCUGACCAAAGAAACCUCUCAGUAAAUGAAAAUAUUAGCAAUGAAUCUCAAUCAACUUUUAAUUAUGAAGAAACUAAACUGAUGAAAGAUGAACGCACAGUUCACACAGGCUCACCUGUUAUUGAAGAAAUGAUGUCACCAUUUAAUCAAUCAGAAGAAGUGCAUCGAGGCAUUGUUGAAGAGCCUGAUGAAGAACGUGUUGUUUCAAUGAGUAGUAAAAAAGAGAACGUAUUUUUCGAUACUAAUGAUUUCGAAUUGAGUAACAUUUGCCAAGAUGUUUCUAAAGAUGAAGUCAAAAAAAUAACUGACACACCCCAGCCUCCUAUAAGCAAAGAUUUUUCUGAUAACCAAGAACAUACAAAACAAGAAUUGGAUUCAAAUAGGGGUGUACAAAAGGAAGAAACAGAUUACAAAUCUACAGAAGUGAGGGAAAAAUUGGAAUUCAGAGAAUCACCUAGUGACUCAUCAAGUAAAAAGGCUGCUUUUAUUCACCAUGAGGAUAGUUGUGAAUUUGGCUUUGAUUCAGAGACUGCUUCAACUGACGAUGCUGCUGAUACACAGUUUUCUAGCUCUAAGAGUAGGUUAAUGUAUUCCAGGAGGACUGUUCAGUCAUCAGAUCUUGAUAAUAAAGGCUAUGAAAGAUCUUUUGAUGAAGUGUCUGGUGUUUCCAGUACGGAUGAUUUGGAAAUGAAUGAAGAUGCUUCUGCAUCUAAAUUCUACAGACGAAGAACUUUUCAGAGACAACAUACAGAUGAUCAACUGGAGGAAGACCAAUGUUAUACUGAAAGACCUUUUGAAUCAUGGAGCACUUCUGAACAUUAUGAAACUGGUAGGAAAUCUUAUAAACUAGCAGGAAAUAUUGGAAAAGAAGAUUUACCGUCAGAAAGUGAUGGAGUAUGGACAAGGAAACCAAUAUUUUCUGAGGAUUCCUUAUCUUAUGUCUCUGAACAGGCAAGUAUCUCCAGUGAAUCUUUCCGGGGUAUUGAUACAGAGUCGAAUAGAACAAGUUCCUUAGAAAGACAGUUGUCCGAGGAUGAAACUUUCUUCCUAAGACAAACUUCUAUUGAUUCAGAUCGACUAAAUUACCAGUUUCCUGAUGAUGUAAAUAUCUCUCAAAGACAAAAAUUUGAUCCAGAAGAAUUUUUUUAUCGGCAAAUUUCAGAAGAUGCUGCAUAUGAUAAACAGACUUCAAAGGAAAGACAUUCUGAUCAAAGACAAAUUUCAGAAGACACAUCUUACCAAAGACAGAGUUCAGAAGAUGCGGGUAUAAAGAAGAAACAAGAAGUUAAAGAUAUUGAGCAUCAGUCAUCUGAGAGUUCUGAGCCUAGUGACAGUCAGACCAGACAUCUUCAUAGAGAGAGCGAAGAUUACAGUGUCAUUACUAAAAAAGAAUAUGAAGCAGAUGGAGAAGAAGAAAUUGAUGAAUCUCACAGAACAAAGCGUUUAGAUACUGCUGAUCAAAGUGUGACUGAAAAAUCAGAAAGAAUAACAACAACUGAAAAAUCAGUGAAAGAAUCAAGUCAAAUUACUGCAAGUACAGAAUCUAGUGAACAAUCAAAAAAAGCUACCGAGAGCAGCCAGAGUCCUGAACAACAAAGUUCUAGAAAAUCCAAAAGUCAAUCACCUAGUCAGGUUGCUGCGAGCUCAGAAUCUACUGAACGCUCAAAGAAAACUACUGAGGGCAGUCGAAGUCCUGAACAACCAAGUUCCAGAAAAUCCAAAAGUCAAUCACCCAUGCCUCAAGAUGCAUAUGAGAUUGAACAGCUAUUAAGAGCAGCUCGUAUCAAAUCACCUACCAUUGAAGAAAUAUUAAAAGACAGACAAUUUCCUCCAGUAUUUGUGAAGGAACUCCCCAGACUUUUGGAGGCUCAGAUUGGUGAAGAUACAAAAAUGACUUGUGUUAUACGCUACAUUGUUAAAGUUGAAUGGAAGAAAAUGGGCAAAAAGAUUGAAAAGGACAAACGUAGACGAAUGAUCACUGAUGACAGUGGAAAUUUGACCCUACACAUAAAAAAUGUCCAAAGCAGUGACUCAGGAAUUUAUUCAUGUAUAGCAACUGAAAGUGAUGGAACUAUCACAGAAACACAAUGUGUACUCAUAGUACGAGGAAAAAAAGAAUAAUGCAGCUAUAAUACAUCAUGGUUUGAAAGUUAUAAAUUUCAAUUUGGAUUAUUUCCCUUCUAUAUAUAUAAAUAUAUAUAUAUAUAUUCUACCAUUCAGUUGUUCAAAGUAAUUUGCUUUCCAUUUAAACCUUACUCUGAUUUUUUUCUUUUAUUUUUUUUUCAAACAUUUUCUGAUUAAAAAUUUUAAAAUAAAGAA